AGAAGCCCCGCCCAACGAGAUGGGGGCCUAACCUGCAUCCCUUGCUGGCUGCGAAGGUCUAUCUAGCCCAUGGGCCCUCAGAGACCUGCCCUGCCAAGACAGGGAAACUGAGGUUCAGGCAACUUUUUGGCAAGUGUGGUGUCGACUCAUCGCCACCAGUCAACCCCAUCUCUUUGAGUCACGGCUUCCUUGGCUGCAAAGUUGGACCAGUAUUACCCACAAGCUGCGCACCGGGGGAUUGAAUGGAGGCUCAAAUCUUAUCAGCAAUGCCACAGAAUCAGGGUUGUCAUAAUCACAUCAGCGACUGUGGGCAUGGGAACCUUCGAGAUUAUUUUAUCCGAGUACCCCGUUUUGGAGAUACCAAGGCCCUAAGGCACAGGAGGAAUGCAGCUUCGGGACUCAACCAAGUCUUUUGUCCCCCUAGCGCGGCGCGCCUCCCGGCUGGGUGGCCCUGACCUCCGCGCCCCUCCUCCUCGUGCCCACAGGGAGACCCCGCGGCCGCGAUGGCGGCGGACGUCGAGGGGGACGUGUACGUGCUGGUGGAGCAUCCCUUCGAGUACACCGGCAAGGACGGGCGGCGCGUCGCCAUCCAGCCCAACGAGCGCUACCGGCUGCUGCGCCGGAGCACGGAGCACUGGUGGCACGUCCGGCGCGAGCCCGGCGGCCGCCCCUUCUACCUGCCGGCGCAGUACGUGCGCGAGCUGCCGGCGCUCGGGGACCCCGCCGCCUCCUCGCCGCCGCCCGCGCUCCGCCCGGGCCCCGCAGCCCCCGAACCGCUCGCCUACGACUACCGCUUCGUGAGCGCGCCGGCGCCCGCGGGCCCCGACGGCACGCCCGCCAAGCCCCGGGGCCGCGUGAGCUCCCUGUGCGGCCCCGCGCCGCGCGGCGCCUCGACCCAGCACGGCAGCCCGGGGCCCCGCCUGCCCACCUGCCUGUGCACGCGGCCCGCGGCGCCCGUGCGGCCCGCGCAGUCCCUGGACGACCUGGCGCGCGCCGCCGCCGCGCCCCCUGCCGGCCUCCUGGGAAGCGCGGGCAGCUUCAAGGCCUGCAGCGUGGCGGGCUCCUGGGUGUGCCCGCGCCCCCUGGCGCGCCGCGACUCGGAGAACGUCUACGAGGCCGUCCUGGACGUGCGCGGCCCGGCGCGGGAGGAGCGCCCGCAGCAGGUGGACGACCCCCCGGAGCCCGUGUACGGGAACGUAGAGAGGCAGCCCCUGCCCACUUCACCUGGCACCGCCUCGGUCCCCCGCCCCCCCGCAUGGGAGAAGCACCUGGACGCGGGCAGCGGGCGCCCCUACGAUUACAACCCAGACACGGGCGUGACCACCUGGGAGUCGCCCUUCGAGGCCUCUGAGGGCGCCGCCAGCACAGCCACCUCUCCGGCCUCGGUGGGAAGCCGCGAGAGCCUCGAGACAGACUGGGGCCAGUACUGGGAUGAGGAGAGCCGCAGGGUGUUCUUCUACAACCCGCUGACAGGCGAGGCCGUCUGGGAGGACGAGCCGGAGGACGAGCUGGAGGACGAGCCCGAGGACGAGCCCGAGGACGAGCCAUCCCGCACCCCGCAGUCCCCAGGACAGCUAAUGAGGGGCCCCCCUACCCCUGAAACGGACUACCCCGAGUCGCUGACCAGUUACCCCGAGGAGGACUAUUCCCCCGUGGGCUCUUUAAAUGACCCUCGGCCCACCUCUCCGUUGGCCGAGCCCCCCGGCUGGUCUUGCCACGUGAGCCCCGAGGGCCAGACACUCUACACCAACCACUACACCCAAGAGCAGUGGGUGCGGUUGGAGGACCAACAUGGGCAGCCCUACUUCUACAACCCAGAAGACACCUCAGUUCAGUGGGAGCUGCCCCAGGUACCUGUCCCUGCCCCUCGAAGCAUCUGCAAAUCCAACCAGGACAGUGAGACCCCAGCCCAGGCCAGCCCCCCUGAGGAGAAGAUCAAGACUCUGGACAAGGCCGGUGUGCUUCAUGGCACCAAGACAGUGGACAAGGGGAAGCGGCUCCGGAAGAAGCACUGGAGUGCCUCCUGGACGGUGCUGGAGGGUGGCGUCCUGACAUUCUUCAAGGACUUGAAGGACUCAGCUGCAGGUAGGCUGAGGCAGCCUCACAAGCUCUGUACCCCUGAGUACACAGUGGAGUUGAGGGGGGCCUCUCUCUCCUGGGCCCCCAACGAGAAAUCUAGCAGGAAGAAUGUGCUGGAGAGGACUUUAUCUUCCUCAGAUUUGCCUGAAUCUCAUGUUCAAUUGAGCAUCUCUUAUGCAGCAGAGAAUGAAAGAAGAGCCUUGGAGGAAACACAUAUGCAGACAAUUAGUGAUUCACGCCAUUACCCAUGAUUCUCACAAUGUGUAUCUCUGGUCCUAUUAGCACAUCUCAGUCCAUAAUCACAGGAAGCAAAAUCACUACAGACCCGGGAUCCUGAAAAUAAUCCCAUGCAUGCUAGACUUCCAGAAUUUUCCCAUGUCUGUCCAUCAUGGCCCCACAGUUUCUCUGGGGAGGCCUUUGUAUGUGGCUUGGCAUUGAGUAUAAGCAAGAUUUUCAUCCUGCUCACCUGGGCCCUUGGCCGAGUGCCCUCGUGAAGUGAACAAACUGUGCAAGUAUAACACAGAAGCACCUUACUCUCUCCAGAAGCAGUUUACUUUGGUCCCCUUUGGGCUUUGUCUCAUAGGCAUCAUUUGCUGGGGAGGAAGAGAGAGGGGUGUUACUAUUUUCCUAGCUGCUUUAUCCUACAAGUUAUUCACACCAAAUAAAUGCACGAGUCCAACCAACAAAGUUACCUAACUCACUGACUUUCUCACUGCAGGCUGUGGCUAAUGAGUGGGUGAAAAGGUCACAGCCAGCAGUAAAACACAAAAUAUUAUUUUUGAAUACAACAAUUAAGAAAAAAUCAGAGUGUAUAGUAAGUUUGUCUUAGAGGAAAGACUAUCCAUUGAAAGAAAGACAGUCUCUCCAAUAAAAGGUGCUGGGAAAAUUGGACAUCCACAUGCAGAAGAAUGAAACUAGACCACUCUCUUGCACCAUACACAAAGAUAAACUCAAAAUGGAUGAAAGAUCUAAAUAGGAGACAAGGUUCCAUCAAAAUCCUAGAGGAGAACACAGGAAACACCCUUUUUGAACUCAGCCACAGUAACUUCUUGCAAGAUACAUCCACAAAGGCAAAAGAAACAAAAACAAAAAUGAACUAUUGGGACUUCAUCAAGAUAAGAAGCUUUUGCACAGCAAAGGAUACAGUCAACAAAACUAAAAGACAACCUACAGAAUGAGAGAAGAUAUUUGCAAAUGACCUAUCAGAUAAAGGGCUAGUUUCCAAAAUCUAUAAAGAACUUAUUAAACUCAACACCAAAGAAACAAACAAUCCAAUCAUGAAAUGGGCAAAAGACAUGAAGAGAAAUCUCUCAGAGGAAGACAUAGACAUGGCCAACACGCACAUGAGAAAAUGCUCCGCAUCACUUGCCAUCAGGGAAAUACAAAUCAAAACCACAAUGAGAUACCACCUCACACCAGUGCGAAUGGGGAAAAUUAACAAGGCAGGAAACCACAAAUGUUGGAGAGGAUGUGGAGAAAAGGGAACCCUCUUACAUUGUCUUAGAAACUGCUUAUAUUGGGACGCCCAGGUGGCUCAGCAGUUGGGUAAUGCCUUUGGCUCAGGGCGUGCAUGGUCCUGGUCUGGGGAUCGACUCCACAUUAGGCUCCAUGAGAGGAGCCUGCUUAUCCCUCUAUCUCUCUGCUUCUCUCUCUGCGUCUCUCAUGAAUAAAUUAAAAAAUAUUUUUAAAAACCUGCUUAUGUCUUGGCAGUAUGUAUGUACUGAGUUGUGACAUAAAAUGUAGCUCGCAGCCCAAGAACAGUAUAAUCAGAGGAGAAGUGCCCCUCUGGAAAGGAACCAUCUUCUGACACUCAGUAGCAGUAUGCCCAUGGGGCAAUUUACCUUCCCUUUCUUCUCCGUUUCCUUAUUAUAAAAGGAAGAGACAAACUAUUACCUAAGGCCUCUCCCAGUUAACAGUCUGUGGAGUCUGGACAAAGGGAAUGGAGAGUGGUGGAUCAAAAACUAGGAGGAGGAGGGAAGUUUUCCUGCCACUUUACAGGAAGGAGUCGUAUUUUUCUGCCUUCCAUCGGCCUUGAAGGCUAGCUCUCUUAGCCCAAGACUCUGUAGCCAGGCCUGAUGGUCACUACCAGCCGGAACAGGUGCACCCCACCCCUCUCCACCCUUUUUCCUUAAAGGAGUAGUGACAGUAGAUGCUCUGUGUCAGUUCCAUUCUAACUCAGAUUUGUCUGGGAAGCUAAUUUGGCUGGAUCCAGGCAAAGCAUUAGACCAAAUCAAUAUUCUUUCUGCCUUUGGUAGUUUCCUGGUGUGUAAAACAAGGGGAGUGAAAGGCUCCAUGCACCGGAAGCCCGACGUGGGAUUUGAUCCCGUGUCUCCAGGAUCGCACCCUGGGCCAAAGGCAGGCACCAAACCGCUGCGCCACCCAGGGAUCCCUUAUUGACUGUUUUAGAUGACAUCUAACAGGUAAUUCCUAAUAAAAAUUCUUAGAAGUAAGGAAAUAAAAGUAUCUACCAGAAACCUAAAUAGCAACAUUUUUUAAAGUCAAGGACAAAAAAAAUUAAAAAGACCAAAAAAAUAAAGUCAAGGACAAGAGUAGAAUGCCUAUUAUUCCUGUUACUAUUCAUCACGUUGAAGAGGUCCUAAUCAAUGAAAUAGGAAGAAACUUCUUUUAAGGAUUCCAGGCAUCUCAAUGCAAUAGGAAAAAUUAAGUAUUGGAAAGGAAGCAACAAAACAUAUUUGCAUAUGAAAUUAUGGACAACCUAAAAGGCCCAAGAGAGUCAACUUAAAUUUUACGGUAGUGGGAUGCCUGGGUAUCUCAGCAGUUGAGCACCUGCCUCUGGCUCAGGGCAUGAUCCCAGGGUCUUGGGAUCAAGUCCCACAUCAGGGUCCCUGAAUGGACCCUGCUUCUCCCUCUGCCUGUGUCUCUGCUUCUCUCUGUAUCUCUCAGAAAUAAAUAAAAUCUUUAAAAAAUAAAAAAAUAAAUUUUACUGGAAGUGCUAUGAGAAUUCAGUAAGAUGGCUAGACACAUAAUCAAGAGCUCAACAUACAAAAUGCAGUAGCUUUCUUUAUGUUCCAAAAAUAACUAAUUAACAAACGGAAGAAUGGUUCGAUUUAUAAUAUCAAAAAUGGAAGGACACCUCGGUGGCUCAAUGGUUUAGCACCUGCCUUCAGCCCAGGGUGUGACCUGGAUCCCGGGAUCGACUCCCACAUCGGGCUCCCUGCAUGGAGCCUGCUUCUCCCUCUGCCUGUGUCUCUGCCUCUCUCUCUGUGUGUCUCAUGAAUAAAUAAAUAAAAUCUUUUAAGAAAAGAUUUAAAAAUAUCAAUAAAAGGCAUAAAGUACCUAGGAAUAAACUUACAGCAAAGAAUGGGGAAGACCCUUGAGAUGAAAACAUUAAAACUCUUCUGAAGAACAUUAAGAAAUGAAUAUAUGAUGAUACCAUGUUCCUAGAAUAUUGCAAAGAUGUCAAUUCUCCUCAAACUCAAUGCAAUCCUAUUGAAAUUCCAAGAUAGUUUUUUUUUUUUAAAUAAAAACUGGCCAACUGACAUAUGGUAAAGGGAUAUGCAGGUCUAGCUAUGAAAUGUAUGAAAAAAGAUGUCAAAGAGCAGGAGCUUAACUCUACCAGAAAUCAAAAUAGGUUAUUAAAAAAAACAAAAUAGGUUAUUAUAAAGCAAUUGGAAUUAAGUAUAUAGUGUGAUAUGGGAAAGGAAACUGGACUGAUAAGAGUCCAGAUAAGAAAAGUAUUUUAGAGAUGCCUGGGUGGCUGAGUGGUAGAGCAUCUGCCUUCGACUCACAGGGUGAAGCCGGGUCUGGGGAUCAAGUCCCACAUUGGGCUCCCUGAGACGAGCCUGCUUUUCUCUCUGCCUAUGUCUCUGUCUCUCUGUGUAUAUGUCUCAUGAAUAAAUAAAGUCUUACAAAAAAAGAAUAGUAUUUUAGAUCUGAUAAGAAAGAAUGAACCAUUCAAUAAAAGAUUUUAAAGUAACUGGAUCUUUCUGUAGGGGGAACAUGUUAGAUCCCCUACCUCAAGCAUACCUAAAAACAAAAAAGAUUCUAUACAGGUUAAAAAAUAUAAAUUACAACAAAUAUAAGGAGAAGAAGACAGUAUAAAGCAACAAAUGCCUCGCUAACAAGACCCACAUCCCAUAGGCCACAAGGGAAGAACUCGCAGAUAUGGUGACAGACUCAAAACACCUUCCCAUUAUUUGUAGUCUCACCCCCUUCAUCCCUGGAUUGUUGGUCAUCUUCUGGUGAUUGAAACUGGGUUCCUGGAGACGGAACUGCAGAAUCCAUGAUGCCAGAAACACUGUGGACAGAUCCCCAAGGUGGGCACAACUUUGGCUUUGAGUCCUGAGAAUUCCAGUCCCGCUUUCCCCAGGUUCCC